AUGGGGAGAGGGUUUUUUAUUAGUAAAGGUGUUGGGGUAGUUUGUAUCAUCCUGGGAGCUGGAGCAGUGGCCACAAUAAUAGCUCUGAGUGUCGUUUACUCACAGGAAAAGGCUAAAAAUGAUAAUCAAGUAUUGCCAACAAAUGGAGGAAGUACAUCCAAGCCCCCGGGGACCACGACUGUUGCCCCGUCUAACAACCCUUGGGACAAAUAUCGACUGCCCAAGAACCUGGUACCAGACCUUUAUUAUGUCACACUGUGGCCCCGGCUUACUGAAGAUCCAACGACUGGUCUCUAUAUCUUUACAGGUGAUUCCAGUGUAGAGUUCAUGUGUGUUGAAGAGACAAAUCUGAUUCUCAUCCACUCCCACAAGCUAAACUACACCAAAUUCCCAAACAACCAUUUAGCCAUGCUGGUCUCAGUGGAUAAUGGAUCCAAAGCACCAUCAAUAUUGUCCUCCUGGCGCCAGAAAGAGACUCAGUACCUUGUUCUAGAGCUGGAUGGUAAACUGAUGAAAGACCACAGGUACAGGCUGCAUACAAAAUUUACUGGAGAACUGGCUGAUGACCUCGGCGGCUUCUAUAGAAGUGAAUACAUGGAAGCUGGAGAAAAAAAGGUUGUGGCCACAACUCAGAUGCAGCCAACAGAUGCCAGAAAGGCCUUCCCUUGUUUUGAUGAGCCGGCUAUGAAAGCCGUUUUCCAUAUCACUCUGAUCCAUGUCAACGGAACUGUGGCACUGUCUAAUGGCGAAGAAAAAGAAAGAAGCUAUGUCGUUGUCGAUGGUCAGUCUGUGCAACAGACAGUCUUUGAACCAACUGAGAAAAUGUCCACCUAUCUGCUGGCUUUUAUUGUCAGUGACUUUGGCUAUAUCGAUGACACAAUUGAUGGUGUUAAGAUCCGCAUCUUUGCUCGGAAGCCUGCUAUCGAGGCUGGCCAAGGAGAGUAUGCUCUUAGUAAAACUGGACCCAUCUUGAAGUUUUUUGAAAAGUAUUACAAUUCCAGCUACCCUCUGCCCAAGUCUGAUCAGAUAGCCCUACCCGACUUUAACGCUGGAGCCAUGGAGAACUGGGGUCUAAUCACCUACAGGGAGACAGCUCUCCUCUAUGACAGUAAUGUGUCCUCCAACUCCAACAAAGAGAGGAUAGCUUCCAUCAUCUCCCAUGAGCUUGCUCACAUGUGGUUUGGGAAUCUGGUGACCCUCAGGUGGUGGAAUGACUUGUGGCUGAAUGAAGGUUUCGCCUCCUACGUUGAGUACCUUGGAGCAAAUGAAGUUGAACCAAACUGGAAUGUGAAAGACCUUAUUGUGCUGAGUGACAUCCACAGAGUGUUUGCCAUCGAUGCAUUGGCCUCCUCUCACCCUUUGUCCUCGAAAGAAGAAGACAUCCAAAAACCAGCACAAAUCAGUGAGCUGUUUGACGCCAUUUCAUACAGCAAGGGAGCAUCUGUUCUGAGGAUGUUGUCAGAUUUCCUGACUGAAGAAGUGUUCACAAUGGGACUCAGGACCUACUUGGCAGAAUUUGCAUUUGGAAAUGCAGUCUACACAGACCUAUGGAAGCACCUGCAAAUGGCGGUGGACGCCAAUAAGACCCCUCUUCCCAACAACAAUACAGUCCAUAACAUCAUGAACACUUGGGUGCUGCAGAUGGGCUUUCCUGUCGUUACCAUAAACACAAAGAAUGGAGAAGUGUCCCAGAAGCAUUUUCUCCUGGAUCCAGACUCUGAAGUUACCGCUCCAUCUCCCUUUAACUAUGAAUGGAUUGUUCCCAUCAAGUGGAUGAAGAAGGGUUUCUCCCAACAACCAGAAUGGUUGACUAAAAAAACAGACACAAUAUCGGGGAUGAAGACGUCAGACUCUGAGUGGCUACUGGCCAACCUCAACGUGGUUGGUUACUACAGAGUCAACUAUGACCAAGGCAACUGGGACAGACUUCUGCAGACUCUCAAUACCAAUCAUUCUGCUAUACCAGUUAUCAACAGGGCUCAGAUAGUGGAUGACACCUUCAAUUUGGCCAGGGCAAAAGUCAUCCCCACGCUGCUGGCUCUUAAUACCACAAAGUAUCUGAAGAAUGAGAGGGAAUAUAUGCCCUGGGAGUCAGCUCUGAACAACCUGGACUUCUUCUACCUGAUGUUUGACCGCAGCGAGGUUUACGGUCCUAUGCAGAACUAUUUGCAGAACCAGGUCGUUCCUUUAUAUAAGUAUUACAAGAACAUGACAGGAAAUUGGGCAGAAGUACCAAUGGGGCACAUGGACCAGUACAAUCAGGUGAAUGCCAUCAGUCUGGCGUGCAGAACAGGUCUUGAAGAAUGCCAAGACCAGACCAAGAAAUGGUUCAAGCAAUGGAUGGAUACUAAUAUCAACCCGAUACACGCCAACCUGCGUUCCACCGUGUACUGCAAUGCCAUUGCAGCAGGGGGCGCCAAAGAGUGGGAGUUUGCUUGGUCAGCGUUUGAGAAGGCCUCCAUUGCUAUCGAAGCGGACAAACUCCGAGCUGCUCUGUCCUGCACAAAGCAGCCCUGGCUGCUCAACAGGUACCUUGAGUACACGCUGAAUCCGAGCAAGAUCCGAAAGCAGGAUGCCACCUCCACCAUGGUCUACAUUGCCAACAAUGUGAUUGGUCAAUCUCUGGCUUGGGACUUUGUCAGAGCUCAUUGGUCAUACAUCUUCACUCAGUACGGUGGUGGAUCCUUCUCCUUCUCCAACCUCAUCAAUGGAGUCACCAAACGCUUUUCCACAGAAUUUGAGCUUCAGCAGCUGAAGCAGUUCAAAGCAGAUUAUGCCGAGGUUGGUUUCGGCUCUGGGACUUUGGCAGUGGAUCAGUCCAUCGAGAGAACCAUCGCCAACAUGAAGUGGAUUGCAGAGAACAAGAAAAAUGUUCUAGAAUGGUUCACAGAUGAAUCAACCCACUUGUGAUGCCCUCAUUUUCUUUCUUAUGUAAAAAAAAUGUAAAAUUCUAAUCAUAUAAAAAAUGUUGUUCGACAGAGUAAGUGUACAUUAGCAAAAAUAAUUCAUAUAUAUGAAUCUCCUCAAACACAAUCGUACGUAUUAAAAUCAGUCAGUAAAAACAGCUUAAAUUAUCCACUGAAAUAGUUUUCAUAUUCAAUAAGGUAGAAACAGCAAAAUGUGCACUUAUGAACCAGGUGCUUUGAUUAGCACUUGACAUAGAAUUUGUAAUCAGUUCAGAGUUCAUCAGUGACAUUAAAAUGACCACAUUUUUUAGAGACAUUAUUUAUUAUUCUCAUGUAUACAACGUGUACUAAAGCUUUUCUGGUUUUGUUCAAGUUUCUGCUAACAUUCUUCAAUAAAUGAAUUUAC